AUGAAUUUAUUUAGGAUUUAUUUGGUUUUUUUAGCUAAUAUAAUUAACCUUUUACGAGUUGAAGCAAUACAAUGUGCAAUAUACGGUAAUUGUGGUAAGAAAUCUUUAUUUGGUCAAGAACUACCUUGUACUGUAGAUGCAGAAUUUGUUCCAGAGGUUCCAAAUUCAGAGACUUGGGGAUUAGUUACUGAAUUAUGUGGUUCACAAUGGGGGGAUAAAGAGAAUUUAUGUUGCUCUAAGGAACAAUUAGUAAGUUUAAAAAAAAAUCUACAAAAAGUUGAGUCGUUGAUUGCUUCUUGUCCUGCAUGUAUUACAAAUUUUAAGAAUUUAUUUUGCCAAUUCACCUGUUCUCCAAAUCAAAGAGAUUUUGUUAAUGUAACAAGAACUCAAAAAUCAUUAAAGGGCAAUGAAGUGGUUGCAGAAUUAGAUUUCUUUAUUGAUCCUGACUGGGCUUCUAUAUUUUAUGAUUCUUGUAAAAACGUUAAGAUGUCUGCAACAAAUGGUUAUGCAAUGGAUCUAAUAGGAGGUGGUGCCAAAAAUUAUUCGAGUUUUUGA